UGAACGAAAUUGAAAAAGCUCAAUCGAUUGAAAAUAUUUUAUGAUAUUUUACUUAAAUUUUACCAAAAUCGUGCUAAUUUGACCAAACAUGAACUCCCAAUCGACGCUGUACGGCAUCCAGAGUACGGCCGGGGCCGUCCCCGUCCGAAACACAAAAGGUGAGCUGUCCAUGCAAAAGGUAAAGGUCCACCGUUACGUGUCCGGCAAGCGACCCGAGUACGCCCAGUACGCCAGCAGUGACGAGGAAACGGACGAGGAUGACUUCAUCGACAACCGGCGGACAGCGGCUGCCGCGGCGGAAGAGCAACUGCACCGCGAGGCACGGCGCCGUCACGAGGAAUCCGAGGAGGAGGCAGCGGCCGAGGCCGUGGACGAUCCGCGGUUGCGUCGCCUGCAGGCGGUCCGUGCCGCCGAAGCCGAGGAGAUUGAGCGCGAGCGUCGCGAACGGCACCGCGUGAUUCACGAGCCGGAGCUGGUCCAGUCGGAGGAGGAGGAAGGAGAGGGAGAGCAACAGCAGGAGGAGGGGGAAGAUUCGCGGCAGCAUUUGAGACAUCGGCAGCGGCCGGAGGAGUCGGAUGACGAGGAGGAGCAGCAGGUUGAGGAGGCUAGGGAGAGUGUGCUGCGGAAUCGGCGGAUUUCGGUUGGGUCCGAGUCCGGGGAGUCGGAGGCGGAGCUGAGCGAUACGGAGAUUGAACGGCGCAGACAGUUUCUGAAGAUUAAGAUGAUGAUGCAGAAGCGGGAGGAGGAGGUGCUGCAAAAGGAGGAGGAAGGUCACUCGGAAACGUCGGAGGAGGAGAGUUCCGAGUACGAGGAAACCGAGAGCGAGGAAGAGAACGAACCACGGCUGAAGCCGCUGUUUGUGCGCAAGAAAGAUCGCACCACGGUUAUCGAGAAGGAACGCGAGGCCAACAAGCAGAAGCAGCUCGAGUACGAGGCGAAGAAGGCGGCCAAGGAGCGUCGUCGGCAGACGCUGAAGCUGGUCGAGGACACCAUCAAAAAGGACAUGGAAAAGAUCAAAACGGACAACGAGCCCAACCUGAACGACGUUAACACGGACGACGAGAACGAUGAAGUGGAGUACGAAGCUUGGAAGCUGCGCGAGUUGAAGCGCAUCAAGCGAGAUCGCGAGGAGAAGGAAGCGCUGGAAAAGGAAAAGAUCGAAAUCGACCGACUGCGCAACAUGACGGAGGAGGAACGCCGCCAGGAGUUGCGCCUCAACCCGAAGCAGAUCACCAACAAGACGGUCAAGGGCAAGUACAAGUUCCUGCAAAAGUACUACCACCGCGGAGCGUUCUACCUGGACAACGAGGACACGGUCUAUAAGCAGGACUUCUCAGCUCCUACUCUCGAGGACCACUUCGACAAGACCAUCCUACCCAAGGUCAUGCAGGUUAAGAACUUUGGCCGCUGCGGUCGCACCAAGUACACGCAUCUGGUCGAUCAGGACACGACCCGGUUCGAUUCGCCGUGGGCCACCGAAAGCACCAGUAAUACCAACUUCAACACGGAACGCGCCGGCGGGAUGAAGCAGGUGUUUGAGAAGCCGUCGCUGUCGAAAAAUAAACGGGAUUAAACUGAUCAAACUGUAUCUUUUAUUAGAUU